AUGGUCGCUCAACUUACUUCCGCAUCCGAAUUCGAAAAGGCUUUGACUGACGACAAGUUGGUCGUCGUCGACUUCUUUGCCACCUGGUGUGGUCCAUGCAAGAUGAUUGCCCCAAUGUUGGAAAAGUUCGCUAAGGAAUACGAGGGUAAAGCUACCUUCUUGAAGGUUGACGUUGAUGAGUUGCCAGAUGUUGCAAAGAACAACGAUGUCAGUGCUAUGCCAACCCUAGUUUUCUUCAAGUCCGGUAAGGAAAUUUCUAGAGUCCUAGGUGCUAACUUGGCUGCUAUCAAGCAAACCAUUGCUGCUAACGUGUAA